AUUGUGCAAUUGAAGAGAAAUAAUUGUUUAUAUUUCGCAUACAAGUACUAAAAUGAGGCUAAUUAAGCAGCUGUUGGUUGCUUUAGUAAUAGCUUCAUUAUUAGAGGGAUGGUGGAGCUGUGAUGGUUGUUUGGAGAAUGAGAGAAAUGCUCUUUUGCAACUCAAGGCUUCUUUCAAUCAUCCUGAAGGCCAAUCACUCUUUUCUUGGUGAUUAUAUACUGAUGACUGUUGUAAAUGGGAAAAUAUUCACUGCAGCUCCACCACUGGACGAGUUUCCAAACUCAGUAUUUGCGGCUAUUAUUCGGCCGUUGAAUGGUGCUUCAAUGCCUCUUUGUUUCUUCCUUUUCAAGAAUUGACGAGUCUUAGCUUACGAAACAAUCAUAUGAUUGAUUGUGUUGAGAAUGAAGGUUUUGAACGAUUAGAAAGGCUCAGCGAGUUGGAGUUUCUUGAUUUAGAAGGUAAGUUGUUCAACAACAAGAGCAUUGUAUCAUCUAUUGGCCAUCUUUCAUCUUUAAAAUCAUUGAAUUUGGCCGACACUGGAUUGGAAAGUGUAACUGAUAUUCAAGGAUUAUCAAGUCUUCAAAAUUUGGAGUUUCUUGAUUUGUCAUCCAACAACUUCAACAAUAGCAUCAUACCAUUUUUACACAUCUUUCCAUCUUUAAAAUCAUUAAAUUUAGCCCGCAAUGGUUUGGAAAGUGAUAUUCAAGAACUAUCAGGAUUUGAAAAUUUGGAGUUUCUUGAUUUGUCAUACAACAACUUCAACAAGAGCAUCAUGCCACUUCUAAGUGUAUUUUCAUCUUUAAAAUCUUUAAAAUUGUCCUACAACAUACUAAAAAAUAUAACUGAUUUUCAAGGACUAUCAAAACUUAGCAAUUUGGAAUUUCUUGAUUUAAGUCUUAAUGACUUCAGCAAUAGUACCCUAUCAUCCAUUGGUGAUCUUUCAUCUUUAAAAAAAUUACAUCUGGAUGAAUGUGGAUUGAGAGGAACAUUCGAUAUUCAAAAAUUGGAUGCUUUGGGCAACUUAAAGGUACUGAGCCUACGAAGAAAUCAAAUUACCAAAGUUGUGGACUCAAGAGAUAUCAAAAUCAUUAGGAAUUUGAGCUCUCUUUUCCUUGAUGACAAUAAUGGGGAUGGAAGAAGCAGCAUUCAGCUGGAAUUAUUAGGGGCAUACCCAUUUCUCAAGACCCUUUCUCUAAUGGAUAACAGCUUCAAAGGAGGAAUAUUUGCUCAAGAGAUGGGUAAUUUUUCAAGCGUGGAAGAGUUGUCCCUGGAUGAUUCCUCAUUGGAUGAAGAGUCUUUUAAGAGCCUUAGAGCAUUGCCCUCUCUUAAAUUUUUAUCUAUGCAAGGCCUCAAUGCUGACCUACCUAGUCAAGGCUUGCCGAAUUUCAAAAAUUUGGAGCAUUUGGAUUUGACAUCGUCUACUCUCCACAACAACUUCUUAAAAGACAUCGAAAAGAUGCCCUCUCUUAAAAUUUUAUUAUUGUCCUCUUGUCAACUAAACGGCACCAUACCUGCAGCCAAAGGUUUAUGCGAGUUAAAACAUCUUCAAAAGCUAGAUAUGAGCAACAAUGAUCUCAGUGGCACUUUACCUUUAUGUCUGGCAAAUUUAACAUCCCUUCAACUGUUAGAUCUAUCUUCCAAUCACUUCAUCGGAAAUAUCUCCUUAUCUCCCCUGGGGACCCUCACAUCCAUGCAUACGUUACAACUUUCAAGCAACCUGUUCCGAAUCCCAAUCUCUCUUCUGCCGUUCUUCAACCAUUCAAAGCUCAAGCACUUGAAUUGUCAUGAGAAUGAAAUAUAUGCAGAUAUAGAUGUGCCUACUUUGACACCAAAAUUUCAACUACGGACCCUAGAUUUGUCAGGUCAAGGAGAUGGCGGAGUGUUUCCCAAGUUCUUCUACUAUCAGCAUAAAUUAGAAUAUGUUGAUAUGUCAAAUAUUAAAAUGAAGGGAGAGUUUCCACAUUGGUUGAUCAGGAACAACACAAAAUUAUACACACUUCACUUGCCCAACUGUUCUCUUUCGGGGCCUCUCCAAUUGCCAAUUCAUUCCCAUGUGUAUUUUUCAGACUUAGACAUCUCUGACAACUACUUCAAUGGCUCUAUUCCAACAGAAAUUGGAGUAUGUUUUCCAAGUUUAAAUUCUCUAAACUUGUCUGGAAAUGGUCUCACUGGUGGCAUUCCUUCAUCAUUUGGCAAAAUGAGCCUAUUGAAAGAAUUAAAUUUGUCCAGAAAUGGUCUCACUGGUGGCAUUCCUUCGUCAUUUGGCAAAAUGAGCCAAUUGAUAAAAUUAGACUUGUCCAACAAUCAUUUGUCAGGCAUAAUACCCCAAGAGUUGAUUGUUGGAUGCAGUUCGUUAUAUGAGCUCAUUCUUUCAAACAAUAGUUUGCAUGGCCAAAUAUUCCCAAAACAAGCUAAUUGCAAAGAAUUGAUUCGAUUAUUGUUGGAUGGCAAUCGAUUCACUGGAAGUAUCCCAUAUAGCAUAGCUAAUUGCACAAUGUUGGCAAUGUUGGACGUGAGUGAUAAUCGACUCUCUAGUAGCAUCCCUGGUUGGAUAACGAAUAUGACUACUCUCCGAAUCUUGGAUCUGUCAGAGAACAAUUUCUUUGGAAAUUUACCAUCUAGCUUUGGCCCUCAAUUUAUUAGUGAAGUUUAUCUAUCAAAAAAUAGGCUACAAGGACCGCUUAUGAAUGCAUUUUACAAUUGUUUUGAAUUAACAAUAUUGGAUCUUAGUCACAACUCUUUCACUGGAAGGGUUCCAGAAUGGAUUGACAAUUUUUCCACACUGAGCUAUCUUCUUUUCAGUCAUAAUAAUCUUGAAGGUGAAAUACCAAGUCAGUUAUGCAACUUAGUCCAAUUAAGUUUGGUUGAUCUUUCUAAUAAUAAUCUUUCUGGUCAUGUCCUCCCUUGCAUAAACGUUGCUAGCUAUUGGCUUCAAUCACAUCAAAGUGCAUCAGAUAUGGGUUAUAGGACUCAACCUUUGCAGUUUACAAUAAAGAAUGUAUCGUAUUAUUUCCAAGGAAGCAUUCUUGAUUACAUAUCAGGACUCGAUCUCUCCUGCAAUAAUUUGACAGGUAAAAUUCCUACUGAAAUAGGAAAUCUUGGCAAGAUCCAAGUGUUAAACUUGUCUCAUAACAGUUUGACAGGAUUGAUUCCACAAUCAUUUUCAAACUUGAAGCAAAUUGAGAGCUUGGAUCUUUCCUACAACAACUUGAAUGGCAGCAUUCCUCAGCUCACUCAACUAAAUUUUCUAGCUGUUUUCAGUGUAGCACACAACAACUUAUCUGGCAAGACACCUGAGAUGGUUGCACAAUUUGCGACCUUCGAGAAUAGUAGCUAUGAGGGAAACCCUUUCCUUUGUGGACCUCCACUGUCUAAAAGUUGCUUUUCUUCAACAUUAAUGCCAAGAGUUUCAGAGGAGGAUAAAAAAGAUCAUAAAAAAGAUGGUGGCUUUAUGGACAUGGAAGCUUUCUAUGUCCUCCAACUCCCUCAAGAAUGACGAACACUCUUAAUAGCAUGGGGCAGUAUCUUGGGAAGGAGGAUUUCAGAGUCCAGGAGAAAAGUCUCGAACAUUUUGGAUAGGGGCGACUGUGGUGGCCACCUGCCAUUCAUAAGUAACAACUCCCAAGACCAACUUUGACAAAAACAAUUUAAAGAGGAUAGUGAAGAUAAGUAUAGCCCUGGGGAAAUCUAAGAAUCAUUUAAUUGCUACUUAUAGAAUAAGCUUAACACUUUUUUCACAUCUGUUUCUUUUUUGUAAAUAUCUGUUUAUUUUUGGAAAAUUCGAGGAUUGGUUAGCUUAAGCUCUGUUAGCUAGCUAGGGGAUAUUGUGUACUUUUGAUGCUCUGCUCUACGCUUUCAAUAAAGUUCUCUUCAGCUCCAAGAAAGGUUCAUAAUUAGCAUGGACUAAGUAUUUACUUGACAGUACAGGUUUCCUUCUUCAAAUGGAACCUACAAUGUGUAAGAACAAAAUACCAAUUUAUUCGAUGCAACCAUUGUAUUUAAAACUCCUACACCCUGAACAAGUCAAA